CCAUUCAAAACUAAACCAAGAAUGACUUCACUUAGAAUAACUCUGGUAAUUUCGUGUAUCGGUGUGACGCUAUGCCUCAGCCAGAGAAGCCACAGAUUUCCAAGAUCAGAUUGUGAAGGCGAAUUAUGUGUUCCAGAGCAUUCAGAAGCAACAGGAGCACAAUGGGAUACACCCAAAGACCCUGCCGAGCAGUUUUCGAAACCGGUCCAUUAUCCGUUCUCCUGCCCCAUGCAAUACGCCAAGAGACUCGUAGACUCGUUUUCAGCGUCCUCCCAACCUUCAUAUGUCUCCCUGCGAACAAAAAGAAGUAUAACGCCCGAGGAUCAUAACAACAUGAAAGUCAUAGUGGUGCCGAUUGAAAAUUUGGCCGAAGGACUAAAAGUGCCCCAGUCUCAGAUCGAGUUGGAAACUACCCCAUUAGAUAAGCGACUCGAAGAGAUAGUGACAAGGGCCAUUUUAUCUGCACGAAGCCAAGCGGAAGCGCAGUCCGCCUUUUAUUGGCAUGGAGCACACCAGCACCCAUUUCAUAAUAUAAAGAUGGGAAAUCAUGGAAUGGGGAAUGAGGAAUACAUUUAUGAAGAUUUGGAACAGGCUUACGCGAUGCCUCCCAAUGUUACAAUGGAACAACAAAUGGUGAAAGAGGAAUUCAGUCCAGUGGUAAACCAAAGGGUGACGGACCCUGAAAAGUUUAACAGUGUAAAGAUAAUUGGAGAUGGUGGGGCGAAGGGCGACAGAAUGGUGGAUGCACAAAAGGAAAAAACAGAGGCUCAAGUGGAGCGAAGGACACAUCCUACUAUAAUGGAGAACAUACAGGCACCAGCUUAUGAAGUUUAUGCUAGAGAAGCUCCAGAAACGGCGAUACCAGCACCUUAGAAUAAACUUGAGAAAUAUGGCUUGUAGUUUUUUUUUAUAAAUGAAAUUUCAAAAGUA